AUGGGUAAGACGCACACUUGUGAACCUUCGGCGACGAUGAAGCCGCUGGAGGAGCUCACCGACGCGGACAUGCACGAGAUGAGGGAUUUGAACAUCGGCGAAGGCAUGUUUAACCGCAUCCUCACCUCCUGCAUGAAGUUCGCCUUCUCCGGCGGCUGGAGUGUGCAGAAGCGUGACGCCAAGUACGGCAUUGUAUGGGAGACGAAGCCCAGCGAGAACAGCAACAAGAAGGCGAUGCGGUUCACCGCCAAAGUGCCGAAGUGCAACACAGGCUCGCUGGAGGCCAUCCUUGUGGACGACGAAUACUUUAAAGACGAUCCGAAAGUCAGCUACAUGUACAAGUACGAUAAGCUGCUGCAGCAGAACCGUGUCGAGAAGCUCAUCGCCGGCAAUGUCGCGGUACAGAGCUCGCACUACGGAGCGCCGGUGAUGUUCGUGGCGCCGCGGCACAUGGUCUCCUACGUCACACUCGGCGCUCUUCUCACGCCGGCGCAACAGAAGGAGCUCGGGAUUCGGCCCACUGGGCUCAGCGACCAGCCGGCCGACGCACAACGCACGGACAACCUCAUGGCGUUCACCCAGUGCUGCAUCGACUACACUGGUAACGCCGUAGAGCUGAAGAAGGGCAGCGAGCGCGGCCACGUGUACAACUACUCGUUGCUUGGGCAGGAGGAGCCUGACGGUUCCAUGACGGUGACGAUGACGUUGGAUAUGGACCCUGCUGGUAAAUUGCCGGCGAAGGUGUUGGACAUGACCAACAGUGAGCAGCUCAAGAAGAUGGAGCUAAUCGUUGAGCUGCUGAAGGCCGCAGGUCCACAGCCGCACCUGUGCAGCGUCUACAAAAACACACGCAACUUCCCCUUUCGCAACCCCUCCAAAUGCGAGGGAGAGGGGAAGGGAGACUGA